GACAUUUCAAGAAAUUGUUUUGGAUUUAGUCCAUUGAUUUGGUUUGGUUGUGCUUUGAGAUUUUUUUAAAUUAUAUCGUAGGUACCUGAAAUUAUCUUGUAGGUAUAUUUCGCAAUGAAACACUUUACUCCUACGAUCGUUUCCUGAAUUUGUUGAUAUUGAUGUUAACCAUGUACAAAAAGGAUUAUAGUAACUUCGUACGACCUUCACAAAAUAAGGUCCAAAAAACAUAUUCCAAAUCAAGUUUGACUGGUGCAGAAGCUAAACGAAUUUAUUUAGAAGAGGUCCAGGAAGCAAACAUUUCUACGAAAACUGCUAAUACGCGCGAAAAUUUUUCGCAAAAAGGAAGUCGCAAAUGCAAAGGAGAGCAAGUGAACUUAUCCAACAAAGAAUUGUUUUUAACAGUGCAGUGUGAUGAUGUUGACAUACUCAAACAGGCGUUAGAUGAAGACCCAGAUAAGAUAAGCGUAAAAGACGAAUACGGCUGGAGUUUACUUAUGAUAGCAUGUCAAGCUAAUUCCGUGGAAUCUGUUAAAGAACUUCUGAAACGAGAUAUUGAUACAUCUGUAAGAGAUAAAGCAGGGAAUUCUGCUCAAAGUUUGGUUAUUAAGAAUAAAAAUGUAGGUCUAGCAGAUUUGUUAUUAAGCUAUAAACAUAAGAAAGUGGAAUCAUUUAAUAAGGAACAUAAAAACUCUAGAGUGAAAAUAAAGGAAGAGUAUGUAUGUGAAACAUGUGGGUCUACAAAGUACCCUGACAGAGAUGAGCAUUUAUCAUCUACAAUACAUAACAUUAAUGCAUCUAAAGGGAAGAAAAUACCGACAAGCUAUGUCAUUCCCCAAUCAAAUAAAGGUUAUCAGAUGAUGCUAAGAGUUGGCUGGGAUAAGAAUUUAGGAUUAGGUCCUGAUGGGUCUGGAAAAAAGUACCCUAUCAGAACAGUGCAGAAAAAGGACAGAAAAGGAUUGGGAAACAAAAGAAAUAAACCUGUACCUCAAGAGGAACAAAAACAAUCAAAAAUUAGCAAAUCAAAUUUACAUGAUAGGAACACAAGUUUAGAAAUCAAAUUUAGAAGGGAAUUUUACUAGGUUUGUUUACUUAAGAUAAUAAAGCAAUUUUUUUU